AAUUAUUCUUCUAAACUAGUUUUUAGCAUAGGAAUAAAUAGAGAUAAAGUCGAAAAUCGUAUAUGUGAAAAUGAACGAUUUGAUCACUUGUAGAAAAGAACAAAUAUAAUGAGUUGAGAAACCUCUAGUAGGCAAUAUUCCCACAAAACUGCUCAAAUUUUAAAUAAUUUGAUUUCAUGCCGUCAAAGAAAUUUUGAUGAAAAAAAACAAUUGCUUCAUAUAUAGCUUAUUAUGCUUUAUAUACACAUAAAUUUUUAUUAAAAUUAAAAUUUACGAAUUAAGUGAAUUUUCUCAUAAGAUAGUGUGAUUUUUUUUUGAUUAGAUAUAUAUAUUUUGCGAUUUAUUAACUGGUAAAUAACUUCAAUUUUGCUUUCUUAAAGAAGAAACAAUAUUUUAGUGCAAAAUUUAUAUAGAGGAGUGUUGUGUGCUUUUCGCACACUCAACUGCAUUCAUAUCAUGUCCGUAAUACAAAUUGAUGGAAGUUUAGGAGAGGGUGGAGGUCAAGUAUUAAGAAUAGCACUUUCUUUAAGUGCAUUGUAUAAAAUUCCAAUUAAAAUUAAUAAUAUACGAGCAGGUCGUCCUAAACCUGGACUUGCUGCACAACAUUUAAAAGGAGUAGAACUAUUAAAAGCUAUGUGUAAUGCAGAUGUUCAUGGAGCAUAUAUAGGAUCAACACUUCUAGAAUUUAAACCUGGUCAAUUAAAUGAAAAAAGAAAUAAUACAUUUCUUAUAGAUACAGGAACUGCUGGUUGUAUUUGUUUGUUAGCUCAAGUAGCUUUACCAUGUGCUCUUUUUUUUCCACAAAGAGAUAUGGUUACAUUAAUUCUUAAAGGUGGUACGAAUGUUCCUAUGGGACCACAUAUAGAGUAUCUUACAGAAGUAUUAAAGCCAUUACUUAAUAAAUUUGGAGCAGAUUUUGAUUUUAGAGUUAUAACGAGGGGUUAUUAUCCAAAGGGAGGUGGAGAAAUAUAUUUAUAUAUAAAACCUGUACAUAUUUUGAAAGCUAUUACUUUAACUGAUCCAGGAAUCCCCCGUGAAAUAUUAGGAUGGGCAUAUGUUGCAGGUGUUGUUCCUAUUAAAGAAGCACAUAAAAUGGCCAAUGAUGUAAAAUCAAUUUUAAUAGAAGGUUUAAACAAGCAUAAUAUUCCAUUACCACCUAUAAAUAUUGAAGUCUAUAAAGAGGAUAAAUCUAUAGCUAUUGGUAAUGGUUCUGGCAUUAACGUAACGUGUACUACGACUAGUGAAUGUAUUUUUGGUGGAUCAGGAUUGGGUUCUGGACGUCAAGAGCAAAUAGCUCCAGGUAUACAGGCAGCUAAUGAAAUUUUGGACACAAUUUUAGCAAGAUCUUGUGUCGACGAUUACGCGCAAGAUCAAUUAAUCAUCUUUAUGGCUCUAGCUAAAGGUACUUCUAGAAUUAAUCUUGGCAGUAAAAAACUUACUUGUCAUACAGAAACAGUUAUAAAAGUUGCAGAGUUGAUGUUAGCUCAAUUUAAUCUUCAUUUUAACUUAUGUGAAAAUAGUAAUGAUGGAGAUAAUAUUUCAUACAGUUUAGAAUGUAAAGGUUGUGAAUAUGAAAAUAAAUAUGCAGAAUAAAUAUAUAUGUUUUGUAUUGCAAUAAAUAUUAUUUGAAUGCAAAAA